GUCUACUACUGGUGCUACGUAUACCCGACUUCAUGUCGCAGUACGGGUGGUGUCCACGGUACAGCUUUGUCACUAGUCUUACCAAGGACGGUCGUUGUGAAUAGACGCUGUGGAGAGAAUCCGUUAUUGCCCUGGCAGUUUUGGACAGACGCUAUCAAGCAAAAACGCACAAAACAGGACAAGAAAAGCCGAGAUGAACUCCAGGACGUGGAUUUGUUGUGUUGUGAUGUGUGUUUGUAUUCGUAGAUACCUUUGUCAGGACUUUAUCUCGUUGAACUAUCAGGAAGAUAAAAGUCUGUCCGAGCCUUUUUUCCUCAACCUCACAAUUCCAGACAUGUUUUCUUGUUCUUUACUCUGUCAGCAAACCACCAAGUGUGGCUCUGUAAGUUUUGACACUUCCAACAAAUUGUGUAAAAUGAACACAGAGAAUUCUACUGACGGAACACUGACGGCCACAACUGGCUACAGGUUUACUGACGUCACACCUUCAGCGACUCUCAUUGGAGGUUGUGCUGCACGUACCUGUGGGGACAACGAUAUCUGCAUCCUUGAUGACGUAGGCAAAAUGCGUGGAUGUACAACAGCGCUGCUCAGCGCCACAACAUCGUGAGGGACUUGAUAUACAUGUAAAGAAGACUUACCUUCGUAUUAAUAUAUGUUGUUACACGACAUGCCGUAUUGUACGUGUACACGUAUUUUCUCAGUCAGAAAUUAUCUUAACAAACAAUGAUACAAAGAUAUCUAUUUUUACAUAAUUUGUAUAAUUAUUAUUGCAAUUUAAUGUUUUGAUGUUAUGUUGUACUUUCAUAUUAAACGUGUUAAAUGUUAAACAUUCUUUUUAAAAUAAACUUUGU